AGCGGGGUCUUCUCUGUGCGCAACGGUAGCCGUGAUGUCUCCUCACGCUGGCCUGCCUUCUCCUUGUCCUAACUUGGCUGGAAAUAUUCUGGCUCAGUUGUUUGAAGCGGAAGACUCGGAAACUAAUCUGCCGCUGCAAAACAAGGUGGCCGACAACAUAAGAAGCUUCAGAAGGAAAAGGAGCGCCGUGUCGAUUGGAAGAUCUCUCCACUGGCACGACCUUUUCACAGUCAAGAACAAACACCGCGUUAAGAGGCAGUGGAAUAUCCCCCCCAUCAGCAUUCCUGAAAACGAUGCGAACCAUUUUAUAAAGUAUCCGGUCUCGAUCACAUCUGACCAGAAUCAGUACAUCGACGUGCGGUACAAGCUAACGGGCAUUGGUGCUGACAAGGACCCUGUUGGACUCUUCACCGUGGACCCAGCAACAGGAUUCCUGGGACUGACUCGAGCUGUGGACCGCGAGGAGUACAGUGUCUUCACUCUGCAAGGUCACGCAUUCUCUCUGCAAGGCAGGCGGGUGGAGGAGCCCUGCAACUUGACAAUCGCUGUCAUCGAUCAGAACGACAACUUCCCAAUAUUCACCGUCACCUCCUUGGCUGGCUUUGUCCUUGAGCACUCUCAAGUCGGUACCACGGUCAUGAAUAUCAUAGCAAUGGAUGCCGAUGACCCCAAGACAAUGAAUGGGCAGGUGCAGUACGAGCUCAUCUCUGGGUCAAAUAUUUUCUCCCUGGACAAGUUCACGGGCACAGUCAUGGUGGCGAGCGCAGUGCUGGAUCGAGAGGUGACGGAGGAGUACACCAUCACAGUGAAGGCGUCGGACAGCCAAGGGCUGCCGUUUGCCCUCACCACCUUGGCAAAGAGCGUCAUCACCAUCGUCGACAUCAACGACAAUGCACCCAUCUUUGUCGUCAGAGAGCUGUAUGCAACUGUUGUGGAAAACACCAUCAAAAUGGAUGUGGUUAGAAUUUCUGUCACAGACCGAGACAAAGUCAACACGAAACAUUGGUGGGCUGUGUACUCGAUCGCUAGCGGAGACAUGCAACAACAUUUUCAAAUCAUCACGGACCGCAAAACUAACGAGGGAGUCGUGUCUUUGAAUAAGACUCUAGACUACGAGGAGACAAAACGCUACGAGCUGUCGAUCACGGUGCAGAACGAGACGCCGCUGGUCGGCGUGACGCCGAUUACCCAGAUCUGCAGGGUGAUCAUCACGGUGGUGGACCAGGCCGAGCCGCCCGUCUUCAUGCCAGUGCAGACGGUGGUCACGCGGAAGUACGGCGUGGCCAAGGGCAGCAGCGUGGCCACCGUGUUGGCCCGGGACCCAGAUAACGAGCACAACACCAACAUCAGGUAUGAGAUUCUGAGGGACGCGGCCAAUGUACUGGUGAUCAACUCCAUGACGGGAGAGGUUACUUCGAAGGCCCAACUCAGCCGAGACUCGUCCUUUAUCUACAACAACACAUACACCGCAACAGUCAUCGCUAUAAAGGAUGGUUCGCCUUCUCUUACCGGGACGGGCACGGUGAUCAUCAUCGUGGAUGGCGCCGACAAUGGACGACUCAGCCUGGUCAGCAGCAGCUACUGUGUGGAGAAGGCGUCGCAGCAGGCACAGCUAACCCUCGUAGCUCGGGACGAUGGCUCGCCCGGUAACCGCCCGCUCACCUUCUCCCUACCCAGCAGUUACGACAACUCCAGAUACAAGUGGACCUUCGAUGCGACGAGCGACACAUCGGCCUUGAUGUCGUUGGAGAAGGACAACCUGGAGUGCGGAACUCAAGAAGUCCCCGUGUCCGUCACGGACAAGCCUGGCCUUAGCAAAACGUCCGUGGUGUCUGUCAAGGUGUGCGACUGCAAGGCGGGUGCUGGCGGAGUGAUAGGCAUUCACGGGGGAAUGGACGAUCGAGUGGGUGGAGAGGGUGGAGUGGCUGGGGGUGUUCCUGGCUACGCCCAUGGUGGAUCUGGAAUUGGCCUUUCCGCAGGAGCGCUGGCUGCCAUCAUCUGCUCACUCCUGCUUUUGCCUCUCCUCGCUGUGGGACUGUUCUGUGCGGCCUCGAAACUGUUUCCGAAGAAAGGAAAAGCCAUGAUUGUUGGGAACGACACAAAAGGAUUGGUCGUUAACUACAUGGGAGAGGCAGGAGAGCAAGACCAGGACAUGAGCGCAUUCCAGGCGUUCAGUAUGAACAAGCAGUACUCGAAUGCAGAAAAAACCGUGCUCUCAUCCGCCGCCAACCUCGAUGAGCAGGAAGAUUCUGCACUGCUCAAGAUGGAAGCUCAGAGCAUCUCCGCGCCCAUGAGUAGCGCCAACCUCACGGAAAAAAUAGUAACGACCAGCACCACCAUGAAGAAAACCACGCAGCACUCGUCGUCAUCAUCGGCGCAGCGGCAGCAGCAGCAGCAGCAGAAUGGCGUGGGUGGCAUCGUGCAGGCCGGGCUGGGCCAUGCUGCCCACGCUGGGGAUGUGGCAAAUGCUCUGGCGGCGAGGGAGCAUGUGGCCACCGCCAACGGCUCCGCGGCCGUCGCGAGCAGCAGCAACGUCAGCAGCAUUAGGGGCACGCUCAGACCCACGUCCCCUUCCGCUCGAGCCGUGAGCCCCACUGUGAGGCUCGGCCAUGCGGGUGGAUGGGCGGCCGGGCACAGCACGGCCACAGCUCAGUUUAGCGACGGGGCACAGCAGCAGUGGCAGCGGGCCGCUGUCUACAGGGAGGAUGCUCCAGUGGCCAGCGAGACCUUGCGUUUCAAGAGUGCCAAGGCCAUGGGUGGCUACAAACUGGGUCAAGAAAACAUGGACAAGGUUCUUUACAAGGUGAAGUUGUUGGUGGAUGCUGACCCAGCCAUGAUGCCGCUGGACACACGCUUGAUCUACAGCUAUGAAGGGAGGUGCACACCUCCUGAUUCAUUCUCCUGCCUCACUGACCUUAACUUGCAAUAGAUAGACAAGUCAACACCCCAUCAAUCCAACCAUCCAAUUCGUUAAUCUAUCCCAUCCAGUUAUUAACUUGUUAAUGCAUCCAUUCACCAUGCAUCCAUUUAUCUAGAAGUUAUUUCAUCCAUCUGUCUGUUUCACCAUCCGUUUAUCGUUGUUUUCAUCCGUUCAUCUAUUUUUAUAUCCGUUUGUAUAUCAAUCUUGUUUGUAUAUCCAUAUCUCUUUUUGUCCAUCUCACACCUCCGAUUAGCACGGUUGGCUCUGUACGGUGUAAACGAAGUUCAACAUGCAUACAUAUACAUCUAUCCAUGUAUCUAUUUGAGCCACCCAUCCAUGUAUUCUUCCAUCAAUCAAUUUGUUCAUUCAUCCACCAAUUUAUCCAUCCACACACCCAUGUAUAUGUCCAUCCAUUCACCUUGAAUGCAAAAAUCGGCUUCUGGCAGACAGUUUUUGUAUCUUUCACAAAUAAAAAUUGUGCUAUUGAUAUUAAGUCACAUGUAUAUUUACACUUGGCCUAUCUUAUCCAGCAUUCGCCAGCACUUGUUCAUGCAUUGUUAAGGAUACUGUGACGUCAACGAGCAUUCACCGUAGUGUCUCUUAAACUGUUAGCCCUCAAAGUUAAGCUCGGUUGAAUUGAGUUAAAUGUGUAGUAUAAAUGUUAGACAUUUUUGUGUAGUCGUUGGUGACCAGGUUCAGACCAUGAGUUCAAUACUGGAGAACUUGCUUUACUCAUGAUGACUCUGUCGUGUGAGACAGCCAUUAUGAUUCUUACUUGCUCUUGCUUUGUGUUGUGACACGGUCAUUUUGAAUCUCGCACCCUCUAACUCUCUCUUAAGCCCCCUUUUAAUACCAAACUGCUCCGACCAUGUUCAAAUUGAAAACCCUUACAUAAACAUUGGUGCAUUACUUUACGUAAUAAUAUGGAUGGGAUGUCAAAUAUUUCACCACGUGUUAAUUAGGGUCUCUUGUGCACAACCGCUGAACUGUACACCUUAAUUUAGCUGUAAAAGAUAUGUGGUGGUUCACCAUGUGACUGUAUGCUGUAAAAGCCAUGAAAAUAUGAGGCUGUUAAAAUAUAUUUCAAAACCAUUUUUUAAAUGCAGUUGCUAGUGCAGUAGUUCCCAAACUGCAGUACGCAAGGCAGUAGGAAUUAAGUGGUCCAUGGGACUGUUGCAAAUUCUACAAUUUAGAGUAUUACCUUUUUUAAAGAUAUAUUUGGUGCAUAGUGUUACGCAAAAUGCUAUGAUAGUUGACAGUGAGUUCAGAAAGUUUGGGAACCACGUCGCUCGUGUAUGGUUUGACAUUAUAUAAUUCGGCACAGAUACCUGUAAAUCUGUAUGUUUACUUAUUUCUUUAAGAAAGGUUGCUUAUGUUCGCCGAGGGCCAAUGCAAUUAGUUUAAUAUAGCUGUGCUGUAGUAGUAGUUUUUUUUUACUUAUUUUUGUGUUUGUUUGGGCACGGACAAUGGGGUGGGUUGCGGUGAGGCGACACUGCUUUCUAUAUAAAGUGCAUUGUUUGAGUGAAUGUCAAGGACAUUGGGUCAUGUUAAAGUGAUGCGCUCACAUACACAUCAAACCCAAAUUUAUCACACCAUCAAUAUCCCACAUGGCAAAAAAAAACGAUGACCAUAUUUUUGCGGUCUAGUUUUGCUUACAUUGUCCUACUGCAUAGGCACAGAGCAAAUAUUUUGAUCAAUGUGUUGUUAUCCUUAAUCAAUAUGCCUGAGACGCAGUUAUGUUUGUUGUAAUAUGUGGAUUAUCAUGACAUUACUUUCAUGCAACGCAAACAUUGCAUUCAGUGGCAUGUCUUUAUUAACCUCGCGUAAGGCAAUGGUGUUCUAUUGUGAACGUUUUUGAUCGGAGUCUAGCGAUGCGAUGAUUAAGAAUAUUUCCCUGGAUUUUAAGAUACUUGGGAUAUUAAGAGACACCCAAAACAUGUGCCCGGUGUCAAUAAAGUAUACAAAUCUGGUCUUGCGAGCACGCGCACACACCAGAUAGUAAGAAGCACUCCCGACUAUUGCUUUAAACUACAUGGGGGGAGGGAAAAGUCGUCUUAUAAUCCAGAGUCUACGGGAAUAUCCAUCCACAAGCUAAAUUAUUUGCGCAUCAAUGCACACCUGUACGAAGCUAUGUUUUUGUUGCUGUAUGUAAUGACAUAAUUUCAACCGUGGUGAUGGUUACAAACUGAGUAAUCAUUGGAAAGAUGUGAUUAACCAUACAAAAAAGAUUUAACUACACUUAGUUGGCCAAUCUUAUUUGACAGACUAUUACAGGUUUACCAUGUUUAGUGGUUGUCUCCUUGUCACAGGUUGAGUCACAAACCGUACCUCUCCAUAACAAAGGCUCAGCCUUUGUUAUGCAGUCUAUUCUUAGUCUUAAGUCUCACCUUACCAUAUUAAUAAAAGUGUGCUUUACUUGGCCCUUCCCCCCCCCCCUCUCCAACCAUUAUAUAAACGGAGUGGUAGCUCCUGCAAUCUCUCAUUUACUUGAUACAGCUGUCGUGGCUAUGACGGUUCCACCUGAAGACGGAAGCUUGUGUUGCCUCCGAAACGUCGUGAUUUUUAUUUUUAUUUUAUUUUACUUCUUUAAUUUUAAUGUUUUAUCUACGUGACUUUACCGAAAAAACCUAAGAAUAGGGUUCACAAUGACCACUGUGGUCACUAGAGGCCGCUACCAUCACCACAGUGUUCAAAACAGCGAUGAUUAUAGAGGGGAAUCGCAACAAUUACCCGAGUCACUGAGUGACUGAAUCGUAAUGCCUCUAUUGCUCUUCCAUGCCAAUCACAACACCGUUUUUUUUCCCCCGCAGGAAAAUGUUAGCUGUGUUGAACAUUCCACAAGUUAAGUGAAUGUUAUAUAUUGCACAAUGUCUAAUUAUACUCUCUGACAUUAUAAGCGUUGUUUUGCCCUCGAUAGUAAGAAUUGUAUUAGCUCCAUAGCGAGAAGCUGAAUUACUCAUUUGUAACUGUGGAAGUUAUAUUGUGAUGAGUAAAUAAUACAUAUCCACAAAAGUGUCGUUUUAUAUUAAGCGAGCUUCCAAAAAACCUCAUUGUAAUUGGCUAUGCAUUUUCGACCUCGUUUUGACAAAACAUGUUAGGAAUAAAUCAUAUUUAGUGUUGUUUUAAGCCUUUGGUAAAAACAAAUUUGGAUAGAAUGUGAGAUUAAAUUAUAUGAAUUUGCACAUGCAUUAUUAUGUUACAGUCUGUUUUAAUAACUUGUUCUCCACACAUUCCAAAUCUUGGGUUAUGGCCUCAAUUGCCAUAAACCAUGACAUAAAUAAUUCACAAUGAUUCGACGGCAGUGUCAUUGUGUAGAGUAGUAUGUUAAAACUCUAAUGCAUUUACACAAUUAUACACAUUAUAAGACAAUGUAUCCCCCCCAUACCAAGAGUUUGAGCAGUAUCUCUUUUGGUGGUUGUGAGACCCAUCUAUAUAUAAUAAACCACGAAAGACUUUCACACAACGCGAUAUUCAAGUUGUCAGUCCUAGAGGUAUGGGUUUAUCAUAAUUCUACCAAUGAUAAGAUUAUGCUAGUGACACUAACCAGGUUAGGCUGGAGUUACACUGCAGUGACACGAGACACCACUGUAACUAUACACACAUCACAACGUUUAGCCAGAUCUAGAGUACAGGUUCUGCCACAGCUGAUCUAAGAGUUCUAGGUCUCAUCAACGUAUGCUUAUGAUAUAUCUGAACAAUCGUGGCAAAGUUAAACAAUUGGCACAAACGUUUCCAUUCCUUUCUUUGUUAGUUGGUGUUGCUACUAGUAUAUUUUGUGAUUCAUAAUUAGUUUAUUUUGGGCUAGAUCGUGUAGUUAUAAUAGCAUUUGUUUUUACUCUAACCCUCCACCAGCCGUCAAUGCCAAUCGAAUCAAGUUGUCACGUGGGCAUGUUUGAACCAGUUUUAACAAUCGGUGUUGAUUGCAGCAAGCAACAGUAAUGUUUCACCCGGUCCACCAGCAUGGGUGUCCUGAUGACGUCAUGGCAUCUACUUAAGGACCCGGAUCGGGAAUCUCUAUCACACAAGAGGCUCAGCUUCUGUCAACACAUGGUGAUGAUGAUGAUGUUGCUGCGUGUAAUAAUAACAUUUGCAACAUUUUGCUUUGGCUUUUCAACAUUCCUCCGUUUUUUAUGAUAAACUAAAUCAACUGGCAUAUUUUCCCAUGACGUUCACAACUUGGUUUGAUUGACUCUGUCAAGGGGUGGAGGAUUAUUGCGUAAACUAAAAUCUACACGUGGACCUGACCCAAAAUUAACUUAAUUAUGAAUCGUGAAUAUUGUUUCACGAAAGCAUGUUUAAGCAAACUGCACCUUGUUUAAAUUCGCUAAGGUGUAUUGACCGAGCUUUCUGUUUUGUAUCAAGUUGGCACUUGUUGUAGAUAUCGCACCUUUUCGACGUGACCCCUUUUUUAAACGUGUUUUUUUUUGCACAUUUCUAUUUCUUUCUCUCGGAUGUUUAUGGGCAACGGAAAUCGCAAAACAGCGUGGGACCCAUUAAAAUGUUGCAUGCGGUUUUUAUUAUAUGCAGUGUUGGACAAAUGGAGCCAUUUUAAGCUGAAUGAAAAAUACAGAGGUUUGCUUUUACAGCUCAAAGGCUAUCAGUUCUUGUUUAAAUAACUCACACCUGUUUUAUCUUGCUAUUCUUUAUGAAAUAUAUAACUUUAAUGCUGCCAUUGAGGCUGCCAUUAUGUUAUGUUUGAAGAAAACUAUUGUGAUAAUACAAAAAAAACUUUUAAAGUUUUGCUUCGAGACUUCGAAUGUAUGAGAAACAAAUAUAUGCUACAGCAUUAGUAUACCUCAUGAACACGAAGCACCCACCCGUAUGUAUGUGUGUGUCA